AUGGAUCAUGGAAAUGGUAAACCAGACGAUGCAAACAUUUUCCUUAAGCCUUUUGUGGAAGAAAUGAAAGUGUUACAACAACAUGGCUUAAUUUGUCUCAAUAGAAAUUGUCAUGUUUAUAUAUCAAAAAUAAUCUGUAAUAGUCCUGCACGUGCGUUCAUUACAAAGACAACUAGGCACGCGGGUUAUGAAAGCUGCUCCAAAUGUAUUCAAAGAGAAGAGUUUUCACCCCAUGUCAUUUUAAAUAACACAUUUUCAGAUCUUGGAACAGAUAACUCUUUUCGCAUGAGGACAAACCCAGGGCAUCACACAGGUGACUCCGUUUUGGAGGAACUAAAUAUCGGAAUGGUAUCUCAAAUAGCACUCGACUAUAUGCAUAUUGUCUGCCUAUGUGUCACCAAGAGACUUUUAAGCCUCUGGGUAAAAGGAACGAGAGACGUCAAAUUAGAUGACAAAACCAGGGAUACAGUGAGCAAGUAUUUACUAACAUUUAAAGCUCACAUUUCAGCAGAAUUUUCGAGAUUACCCAGUGCGCUUAAAGACUACAUGAACUGGAAGGAAAGCCAAACUACAUAA